AUGAAAGGUUUGGACUUCAAGGGGUACAAGUCCUUGAGGGCGAUGUAUCUCGAUUCUACUACUAUUGGGUUAGUCCACAAGCAGAUGCUCACCAACCAGGCUGGGCCUGAACCAUGUUCUCAGUCAAGUUGUGUAACUGCUUCAAGACAAAUUUCACCAACUGAGACUGAAGGUUUGGAUAUGGAAAACAGAAAAAGAGGACAUGAGAAAUUGAAAUUAAAACCAAAAGUUCACAGGAAAGCCAUUGAUAGUUUUGGUCAAAGAACAUCUCAAUAUAGAGGUGUAACCAGACAUCGAUGGACGGGUAGGUAUGAAGCACAUUUAUGGGAUAAUAGUUGCAAGAAGGAGGGCCAGACUAGGAAAGGAAGACAAGUUUAUCUUGGGGGUUAUGAUAUGGAAGAAAAAGCCGCAAGAGCAUACGAUCUUGCUGCAAUUAAGUACUGGGGACCUACGACUCAUGUCAACUUUCCGUUGGAAAACUACGACAACGAAGUCGUACAGAUGGAAAACAUGAGCAGACAGGAAUUUGUGGCACAUUUGAGAAGGAAAAGUAGUGGAUUUUCAAGGGGUAUUUCAAUGUAUAGAGGAGUGACAAGGCAUCAUCAGCACGGACGUUGGCAAGCUAGGAUUGGCCGGGUUGCAGGGAACAAGGACCUCUAUCUCGGAACUUUUAGCACGCAGGAAGAAGCAGCAGAAGCUUAUGACAUUGCUGCAAUCAAGUUCCGAGGCGUAAAUGCGGUCACCAAUUUUGAAAUAUCGAGGUACGAAGUAGAGAAAAUCAUGGCUAGUGAUACUCUUCCUGCUAGAGAGUUAGCGAGGCGUAACAAGGAGACGGAUCCGGAAAACAAGGAAUUCCAUCCGGUCGAGAGAGUUGGCAAUGUUACUAACUGGAAAAUGGUGCAAAAUGCUUCUGUUGAAUCACUCGGUGACAAAAUGAUGUACAAUGCUGGAAAUUAUCAAAAUUUGUCUUUCUCCGGAGCUCUGCAAGAUCUGAUUGGGAUAGAAUCAACCAAUCCCUAUACACAAAACUUCACUAGUCCAUCGUCUUUAGUUACAGGCUCGAGAGAAACAAGCCCGGAUAAAACAGGAGGGACAGUUUUCUUUGUAAAGCCUAACAUGGCAAAUAACUACCUCAACCCCUCGACCAAUGCCAAUUCCUGGAUCCCGACUUCUCAGCUGAGGCCGGUUCCACUCGCUAUGUCUGACUUGCCGGUUUUUCCUUCUUGGAACGACUCUUGAACGUUUCGAUUUAUCAGUACAAAUAAAGAUUUUGCUUGAACAAGCAAUCUUUCUCGAUCAAUCCACUUACUCUGGUUCUAGUUCUUUAAGAAUUAGAAAGAUCAUUUUUGGGUUUGAAUAAGUUUAGAAGUAAAAAGGGGGAAAAAAUGUAGAAGUUGUUUACUUUUCUUUAAAGUACUGGUUUAUCUGUCUCUGGUUGAAUGUUGUUCCAUCUUUUCCAAGCUCAAAAGCU